AUGGCUGUUGUGUCAGGACUUUCGGCGAUACUGAUCGCCAAUAUACUGAUACCCCUAGCUAUCGCAAUCUUCUCAUCCGGAUUUUUCCCAUACAAGCCACUGGUUUCAGGGCUCGCAAAAUGCGAAGAUCCCGAGCAAUAUGUUAAGCCGCCCUUUGACAAGGUUAUCUUUAUGGUGGUCGAUGCUUUGCGAAGUGAUUUUGUGUAUUCGAACGCAUCAGGAUUUACAUUCACACAGAGUCUCAUUCGGUCAGGGGCUGCGCUUCCAUUCACUGCCCACGCCAGUUCUCCCACUGUCACCAUGCCCCGUCUCAAAGCUAUGACUACAGGGUCUACUCCGUCAUUUUUAGACGUUAUAUUUAACAUCGCGGAGUCAGAUACGUCAACAACACUAGCAUUUCAAGAUACUUGGCUUGCCCAACUGAGGGCAAGAGGUGACCGCCUCGUGAUGUAUGGUGAUGACACCUGGCUCAAGCUAUUUCCUGGCAUGUUUGACCGUUCAGAUGGCACUACUAGCUUCUAUGUCUCAGAUUUCACUGAGGUUGACCAUAAUGUGACUCGGCAUGUACCCAGUGAGCUCCUUCAAGACGACUGGUCUGCCUUCAUAAUGCAUUUCCUGGGCCUCGACCAUAUUGGGCAUAAAUUGGGCCCUCAGAGUUCACAUAUGCUCAGAAAGCAGCGUGAAAUGGACUCAGUGAUAGACGAGUUAUAUGCUAGCAUCGAGCGGGAAGGACACCUUCAAUCAACUCUCUUGGUACUGUGUGGUGAUCACGGAAUGAACGAUGCCGGUAAUCAUGGUGGCUCAUCUUCUGGUGAGACGUCACCGGCACUUCUAUUCAUAUCGCCAUUGUUCAAGACUAUGGGAGGGCCCCGCCAUCAAGCUCCGAUAGACAUUCCCGAUGACUUUCAAUGCUACAAAACCGUCGACCAAACAGAUAUCGUUCCGACCCUGGCAGGGCUUCUUGGUUUCCCCAUCCCGUUAAACAAUCUGGGCGUGUUUAUUCCGGACCUUCUGGGUGUGUGGCAUUCAUAUUCUCAAAGAACCAAAGUUUUGCUCGCGAACGCCAAGCAAUUGCUGAGGAGGUUGGAAUAUUCUUUCCCAGAUCACAAGAUCACAGUCGAUCAACUCCCGGGCAGAUGUACUACUGAGUUGCUAACCAGCAUUCACGAAGCCCAAUGUGCUUGGCUUCAGGUGAUGAGUCUUAUCGACAACUCUAUCAGUACUGAGGACCAAGACGAGCUUGAGCCUGCGCUCAACCGAUUUUUAUCAUCAGCUCAAGAAGUAUUAACCAAUGCUGCUAGUGAUUACAACCUCCGACAACUUCUCCUAGGCAUUGGUGCUAUGGCUCUCGCCGUCUUGCUGCUUCUUCCGGAUGCUUAUAAGCAGCUGUUCAUAUCGAUGCAUUCUGGGGCAUUCUUUGCUGGUCUCAUUGUGUCUUACGGUGGUAUGAUGUUUGCAAGCAGCUAUGUUGAGGAAGAACAUCAAUUCUGGAAUUGGAUUUUUUCAGCGUGGACAUUCCUUCUACAUGUGAAAGUUGCUUCGCGGAGGUCUUGUGCUUCUUCCGAGCAACUUCCCAUCAGCAAUGAUUCAUUCUCAAGCUCGAUGGCCCAGUAUGCUACGUUGGGAUUGUUCGCAACUCACCGUAUUCUUAGGCGCUGGAACCAAACCGGUCAGAAAUUCGCGGCCGAGCCAGACAUUGCACACGGGUUUCUUCCCACUCACCUAUACAUUCUCUGGCUGUUGGUGAUUGUCACAUAUGUGGAUAUAUGUGUUCACCUCUCUAACGGUUAUCACUCAUCCAAGCCGUGGCGUCUAAUUUGCAUCGCUGUGACAGCAACAGCUUUCCUUUUCAAGCUCGGAUCUGUGGUCUCGGAUUUCCCUGAGCUCCUUGGGACCACUCACAUAGGAACCUUAAAACAGGCCUUUAAUAAGGUCCCGCUUAUUCUCCUUUCACGAAUUGUCUUCGUAGGGUUGCUCCUCCUUAUCCUGGUCACAUUAUACAGCAGGAAGAAUACUUGUAAAAAGGGACCAGUCAAGUCAGGAAUGCACACCCGCGUUAUGCACGAAGCCCUCGCUCUCUUAUUGAUCACACAGUCUCGGACCACGAAUAUUCCACUGUUCUUAAUUUUCAGGUUGCAAGCAGUUACAUUUGCUUCAAUGAACCUCUCUGGCAUUGAAUUGACGAUCACAUCCCUCCUGAUGCAAUAUAUGACUUUCUUCGCAUUCGGUGGUUCGAAUGCCAUUUCUUCCGUCGACCUUUCCAAUGCUUACAAUGGUAUUGACCAUUACAGUGUUUUCUUGGUGGGUCUGCUGACUUUUGUUGGCAAUUGGGCUGGGCCAAUAUGGUGGGCCUCGGCUGCUCGACGCCUGCGGUAUAGACAAACCUGGAAGGGGAAAGAGGUCCAUAUGACUACUCUCACUUUCCAUAUAGCAACAUCAUCGCUAUGUGUCAUGAUCGCUUGUGCGACAUUGAGGGCGCAUCUUUUCAUUUGGACAGUCUUCUCCCCUAAAUAUCUUUAUAUGAUGGCAUGGGCUGUCAUGGGCCAUCUCGGUGUCAAUUUACUUGGGGAAUUUUCAUAA